AUCAGACGCCAGCUAAGAGCCGUAAGGUCUCAAAAAAAGUCGCGCAAUCUUCGAAAAAUUCAAAUUUUUGACCAAAUUUUUAUUAAAAAUCACCAAAGAUGCCGAAAGAGAAGCAGAACACAGAUAUUUUUGAUACCCGUAAAUUUAUUUCCCUCGUCGAAGCUCAUCAGAUCCUGUGGAACACUCGAAUCCCCCGAUAUUUCACCGACACGACUAAAAAACGCGAGGCUUGGCUCGAAAUUGCCGACGAAAUGUAUCCAAAUGAGAAUUUUGACAUAAAAAUCGAGUCAGAAAAGGACGAAAUCGCCAAUAUGCUGUGGAGUCGAUGGAAAUCCAUCCGAGAUGGGUACACGAGAGAGAGUAAACGCGUGAAAAACGAUCCAAAUUACGUGCCGCCAUACCCGUUUUACCAAAAUUUGCUGUUUUUGGGUGAAAGACCGACGAGGGCAAAGCGACAACCGAGAUCAAAGUCACAAGAAAGCGAAAAAAAGACUGUCAAAGUGGCUUUUUUGAAGAAAGAACCUUUCAAAAGAGGCUCAAUUACGAUCGACGAGGCACAGGGACACAUCGAAUACGAAGAAAUUGACCCAGAAUCAGAGCAAGAACCGCCAAAAAGGAUAAAAAUCCUCAAAAACGAGCCUUUUGGAAGACGUCUCGUCGAAGAAGUGCCCGAAGAAAUCGAAUAUCAGGAACUUGUGCAAGUCGAAGACACGCUAGACAGCGAAAUUUACCUCGAAACGGAGGAACAUCUUGAGCCAACGCAUGAAAGAGAACAAGAAAUGCAGGAAUUGACGACGACGAAUGAUGAAACUCGAGAAAAUCUCCUUGCGGCAAUUGCGGAAACGCUGAAUAAAUCGAAUGCGGUGCAAGAAAUGGACGAACACGAGUUGUUUUUGAAGUCAAUUUUGCCGGAUUUGAGAAAAAUACCGCAAGCGAAGAAGUUUGAAGUGCGAAUGGCGAUUUUGUCGGCGAUUAAUAAAGCGUUACAAGACUAA